AUGAAAUUCACUUUAUUUGCAUUAAUUCCUGCAAUUGCUGCUGUACCUUUUAAGAGAUAUGAAAAUGCUACUACUGCUGAUUUCGAUCCUUUUAAUUCUACCAGUACAACAACUGUGACUCAAUUUACUACCAUUCAAUUACCAUCUACUACUUUAGUUGUUCCAGCUAGUGCAACUAGUCAGUUAUCCAUCUUAUCAGAUUGGAUGGAAAAAGAAGGUAUGAGUACUGUCACUACUUAUGUUACAAGUUAUGAAACUUUAACAUCUGACAAUUCUGUUGUCACCCAGCCAGUUACCUUGAGUUCUGAAUAUGUCGUUGCUAAAACUGAUAUCAAUCCAAUGGAAACUGAAAGUUCUGGUUGUCAAGCCAUUACUGUUACUAAAACUGAAACCGAAACCGAAACCGAAACUAUCACCGAAACUUUUGGAGGAAUUACUUCAUCCGCUGAAGAAGAGACUACUUAUUCAACCCUUUAUUUAACUUCAACAUUGACUACUUCUUAUCCCGUCACUGCAGAAUUAACUUAUUCUGAUUUGACUACUACUUUGACAACUUUUGUUGAAAUCACAACCACAUCAACUUACCAAAGUACCAGUGCUUUACCAACAGGUUAUUCAAACACCACAUCAGUUCUUCCUUCAAUGACUUUGAAUCCAACUGUUGGGUAUAACUCUACCAGUUUCUAA